CACAGCACGCAACCAGCAAAACCCCCAAGAAACGAGCGGUCGCUCCACCAGCAACGCGAAAAACUAGGCGGUGCAGAUGCACCAGCACUCCGGCUUCCCGGCUAUAUACGGCCAUGGAUUUCACGGCGCAGCGAUCGAUCACGUCCAUCCUCCAUCUCCGCCAGCUGAUCCGAUACUUCGAGAAGAGAGGAACAUGAGCCGGAUGCUGCCGCUCCGCCGGAUCAUCACGCUGCUCGCCGUGGCCGCCGCAUCGUCGUCCCCGGCGGCGCUGGGCAUUCGGACCUACGAGGACUGCAAGUGCUUCAUGUGCGUUUGCGACCUGGACCCGCACCCGCUCCCGCCGGAGGCGCCGUCCCGCCACCAGCCGCCGCCGGAGCCGGUCCCCUCGCCGCCGCCUCCUCCCCCGCCGUCGCCGCCGCCGCCGGCGCUCCCCGCGUACUACCCGCCGGCGGAGCACGAGCCGACGCCCGGGUACUACUACUACCCGCCGAUGCCGUACGGGUACCCGUGGCAGGGCGGCUACGGCACGCCGGCGGGGGAGGUGUACCCGCGGGAGGACAGGCGCGCGUCCAAGUCCGGCGCGGCCCGGGGCGCCCGCCCGCUCCUCGCCGCCGCGCUCGCGUCCGCGGCGCUGUCGCUGCUGCUCGUGCGCGCUGCUUGAUAGUACUUACUUCUAGUCAUCGGCGUGUCGUGCGACACGGAUUGUUUCUACGUGUACUCGUGUCCCUGAAUCCCUCCCCGAUCGGCCGUGCUUUGCCGCUGAUGGAGCGUGGCAGCUGGCAAAACCUGCUGGAAAGCCUGUAGCUCCUCAUCCUCUCCCGGGUGUUGUGUUGUCUCGUGUGCAGUAAAUGUGCUCAAGCUUUGGUCAUCAAUAAGGUUUUUGAACAUUUUAUUUA